UACAUGAAAUAAUUCGAAGAAGAAAAAGAAGCAGAAGAAGAAAAGAUUACUCCCUGUGCCAAGCAUACGUUGUUCGGGGUUAUCGCUUAGCUGGAAGCUGUCUUGACACAAUGGGUCGACACUUUGGAGAUUUGGCCAGAGUAAGACAUAUAAUUACAUACAGCAUCUCACCCUUUGAGCAAAGGGCUUUUCCCAACUACUUUUCAAAGGGGAUCCCAAAUGUUUGGAGAAGAUUUACAUCAUCAGUCUUUAAGAUUGCACCUCCCAUGGUUUUGAUGUACCUCACCUACACAUGGGGCAACCGUGUUCAUGAGCAGGGCAAGAGAAAGAACCUUGCAGAUACUCACAAUGAGGAGUGAAACCAGCUCCCCAGCUAAUGUCUUCUUUGUUUGUGUAUUGUUGGUUUUAUUUAUCAAUAAAGAAGAUAUCAAAUAAA